AUGCUGCUCCCUCGACAGGACAACAACACUACGCAGACCACUACUACCAAGGGUGGAGACAGCCAUGGAGGAUUCCUCGCCGAGAUCAUCGUUGCCAGCGUGGUAGCUGGAUUCGCAUUCAUAUUCACUGUCGCGUACAUCUCCCUCCGAUCUCUUCGAAGACGGAAUGCUUCGCCCAAAUACCUACCUUCUCAAUACCUCAAAGACCGCUGGCAGAAAUGGACACCGACCGUCUUCUUCCCAACGAAAGGAGCCUACAGCUCGAGUCUGCAGGCUGGCGAGUCUCACAGUCGGCGCUCCAGUCGUCAGACCUUCGAACGUCCCACCGCUAGCCAGGCCACCGCCGAAACGACAGAACUCGCCCCUCGUCACAGCGUCCGCUCCGUUAUGACACUCCCGGCAUACUCCCGCUCCGUCCGCGAAAAUGAAAGAGUUCUCGCACGCGAAGGCGAACGUGACGGCAUUGAUGUGGUCAUUGAAGCGCCAGAGAACGAGGCGGAAGAAGAAGCCCGACGCGAAGCUGAGAUGGAAUCUCUCUAUCAGAUCCGAGUACAACGGCGGCAGGAGAUUGAAGAACGUGAAGAGCGAGCGCGGAGGAGAAGGGAGGCUCGUGCAAGAGGUGAUGAAGAAGAAUUAGAACGAAUACGACAGGAACGGAUUCUGGCGAGCGAGAGGAGGCAGCGUGAGGGUGCGGCGGCUAUGAUCGCGGAACAUCAACUUGCGGCGAGCACGAGGGAAGCACGAGCUAGUAGUGUGGCAUACGCGGAUAUCGGACUUGCGCGGCAUGACGGGACUCGCAUCCGUGCGAACUCGUCCGACUCGCAGCGACCGUUGCUCGACUCUGCGGCGAGUAUUUACGGUGGAGGUGGAGCAAGUCUACGGCCUACGUCGACGAGGGACACCUACAGCACGCAACAUCCGAAUCUGAGUCGAGGGAGCUUUGUGUCGGCGAUGUCGACGAACAACCACGAUGCUGGCGACCAGGACUUUGAGAAUGUGCCAUUAGGCGCGCCUGGCUCUUCGCCGCACGCUAUGCCAGGCUACAGCCGCCGUCGAGCGUCGACACAGCUAAGCACAGUGUGGACACCCGAAGUCGACGUCGUUUCCGAAGCAAGCAGUAGAAGGGAUAGUCGUGACGGGACUGGUGACAUGGGCGACGCUGCGAUGCCGAACAUCAACGAACCGCCUUCCUACGACUAUGGCCAGCAUUUGCAACAACAGCUGGGAGAAGAGGCGCCGCCGUACUCAUCACCCGUGGAGCCGCGACCAGAAGGUCAACCUUGGAGGCCAGAGACUGAUACCACUCAAGGAGAUCGGCAGCAUAAUAGAGACUCAGCGGCACCCUCAACAACCGCGAGUGGAGCUCCGCUAUUGCCGACAAUCGAGCGAUCCGCGACUUUCAGACUGGGGUUGGAUGACGCGACAGAAAGAGAGACGCGGACAUGA